CGCGGAGAGCGGGUGAGAGCCAGCCGUGCUUGCUGUGCCCCGCCGGGGCUCGGCUCUCGCCCCCUCCUCGCGGUCUCUGAAGGGGUGCGGGAGGGUCCUUCUGUCCUUUGCGAUCCUUCGCCUUGCUCCGGGUGCGGGAGACCGUCCCGUGGUGUUGCGGCUGAGCCCCGGCCGGCCGCUCAGGGCCGCACGGGCGGGAUGUAGCAGAGAGCGGGCAGGCAGAUGGCCAUUGAGGUUUUUAAAACGCUUAGAGAAUUUAGAAGAAAUAACUUUUAGUUUCGUUGGCUGAAUGUGCGUCUUCCCUUUUCCUAGUGCCUGGUACAGCUAAAAGCUGGAGCCAUAAUGCACCCAUGAGUGAGCAGCACUAGUCGCGUGCAUCCAUGGCCUCUGUGCCAGUAAUUCCAGACUCUUACAACCAUGUCUUGGCAGAGUUGGAGUGUUUGGAUCCGCUGCUUUCUGCGCUCCGGUUGGAUUCCAGUCGUCUUAAGUGCACGUGUAUAGAUGUGUCAAAGAGAUGGCUGGCUCUAGGCAGCUCAGGAGGAGGGCUGAAUCUUAUCCAGAAGGAUGGUUGGAAGCAAAGGCUCUUUCUCACUCACAAGGAGGGUGCCAUUUCCCGGGUGGCCUGUUGUUUGCAUGAUGAAGACUAUGUUGCUGUUGCCACCAGCCAAGGCCUUGUAGUAGUCUGGGAGCUGAAUCAGGAACGUCGUGGGAAGCCAGAACGGAUUUAUGUUUCCUCAGAGCAUAAGGGCAGAAAAGUCACAGCUCUGUGCUGGGAUACAGCUGCCCUUCGAGUUUUUGUAGGAGAUCAUGUGGGGAAAGUGUCAGCCAUCAAGAUUAACACGUCGAAACAAGGGAAGGCUGCAGCUACUUUUGUGAUGUUUCCUGUCCAGAUUAUAACCACUGUAGAUUCUCGGGUGGUUCAGCUGGAUUAUUUGGAUGGAAGACUGCUCAUAUCUUCACUUACCCGCACUUAUUUAUGUGAUACUGAGAGAGAGAAGUUCUGGAAGAUUGGUAACAAAGAGAGAGAUGGGGAAUUUGGAGCAUGUUUCUUCCCUGUUGGAAAAAACAGUGGGAAUCAGCAGCCAUUAAUAUACUGUGCUCGACCUGGCUCGAGGAUGUGGGAGGUGAACUUUGAUGGGGAAGUGCAAAGCACACAUCAGUUCAAGCAGCUGCUCUCAUCACCACCUCUGCCUGUUGUUACUCUCAGGCAGGAUCCUCAUUAUACUGGUUCCAGCUGCUCACCACAGUCUUUAUCUUUCCCCAAGCUGCUGUAUUUGACUGAGCACUGUGUGGUGACCUGGACAGAAAGAGGCAUUUAUAUUUUUCUUCCCCAAAGCCUUCAAGUCUUACUCUGGAGUGAAGUUAAAGAUAUUCAGGAUAUUGCAGUUUACAAGAGUGAGUUGUUCUGUCUGCAUACAAAUGGAAAAGUUGUGCACCUCUCCCUCCUGCUGGUCGAUCGCUGCAUAGAGCGUCUGAUGAGAAGAGGAUUCUGGACCCUUGCUGCCAGGGUCUCUUGUCUCUUCCAAAAUUCAAUUGUUUCUUGCAGAGCAAGAAAAAAUUUGCCUCUAGACAAGCUGGAACACUUGAAGUCUCAGCUGGAUGCUUCAACCCAGCAAGAUCUCACUGCACAACUGGAAGAACUGAUUGCAAAGUUGGAACCUCUAGAUUCUGCAUGCAGCAGUAGAAGGAGCAGUAUUUCAUCUCAUGAAAGCUUCAGUGUCUUAGACUCUGGAAUCUACCGUGUUAUCAGUCGAAGGGGCAGUCAGUCAGAUGAAGACUCAUGUUCCCUCCACAGUCAAACGUUCUCAGAAGAUGAGAGACUUAAAGAAUUUCCUGCACACCAUGAAGAUGAACAACUAGAACUUGAGAACGUAUCUCAUGCAUCUGUGGUGGUUGAGACUGACCGGAAUGAGACAUUUCUCCCAUUCAGUAUUCCUUUGUCAUUCCGUUCCCCAUCUCCUCUCGUCUCUCUCCAAGCUGUCAAAGAAAGUGUUUCCAGCUUUGUACGCAAAACCACGGAAAAGAUUGGCACACUUCAUAUAAGUCCUGAAUCUAGAGGGAAGCAUGAAGCAAAGGAUGAUGAGCAGCUGCCAGAGUUAACUCUUAAUCCAGUAGCAUCUCCCCAGGAAGAAAAAGAGUCAGAACUCCAGAACUGCCAGCUUCCUGAGGAGGACCAUCUGAGAGAUCUCAAGGCUGCAACAGCAGAAACCAUAGCCAAGCUCCAGGAUCCGCUGGUUUUGUUAGAACCUCAAUGUAUGAGGAGGGUCUUACAGGAAUGGCUUGUCUAUUUAGAAGAAAAAUUCAGCCAGGAGCAUUCUGCUUUGUCUGUUAACAAAAGCAAGGCUGUGUGUGCUGAAGAUCAGAGGGCAGUUCUGGAGGAAAACCUGCAAGUGGCUCCAGCUGACAGAGACCCAGCAGACAAGGAACAGAGUGAUAUUUUGGAAGACUGCAUUGAAAAGGAAAACACUGAUGACACCUGUGUGAGCAAAACCACGUGUGAAAAUGGUACUGACGUGACUGGGCCUCUGGGCUGUGGCUUUCAGGUGUCUCCUCCAUGUGCCAUCGAACCUGAUGUUCUGAAAGAUCUCGUGGAGCUGACGACUCUGUGCUUUGAGCUGCGUGUCUUUUCUGGUGGGAGUGGUGAGGCUGAGGAGAGCUCUGAGGGAAGUCUGCCACCAGCAGCUUCGGGGACCUUGGCUUGUAGGUUUAUGCAAAGCUACUUCUUCCUUUUGGAUUUAAAAAGAGUAAAGCAGUGCAUUAUAACCACGUGUGCCACCAGCCCUAAUGUAUGGGAAACAUACAUUGCAGGAUUGAAAGAAAUAACUUGUCAAAGUCCAGUGGCUUUAGCAAUGGAAAGUGAAGAUAUGUUGAAAAUACUGAAGCUGCUGCAUGACCUGGGGCCGUGGGAUGACAGCCCACUGUUGCUGGCACAUGCUCAAAGGCUUUAUGAAAAAUUUGGGGAAACAGCUCUUCGGCCCUUGAUCAAGUUCCACCCCUCUAUUUUGCCUUCUGAUAUUAAACAGCUUUGCAGGAAUGAUCCAGCUCACUUUUUAGCAUAUUUAGAUAGUUUGGUGAAAUCAAAGCCAGAGGAUGAAAGGCCAUUUCUGCUUAGGUCUCUUCUGCAGCCAGAAUCUGUACGGUUGGAUUGGUUGUGCUUGGCAGUUUCUCAUGAUGCUCCACAAAGGGCAAACACUGUGGAUGAGGAAGGAAAUCCCAGGCCAAGAUCUCAUUUGUUUACCUGGGGCUACAGCCAGCUCAUUCUGCUCUUGAUUAAACUCCCUGCUGAUUUUGUUAUGAAAGAGAAGAUGGCUGACAUCUGUAAAUCACAUGGAUUUUGGCCUGGAUAUCUUUUUCUCUGUCUGGAGCUGGAUAGAAGAAUAGAAGCCUUUACUAACAUUGUUCAUUUGGAUGAUUUGAGCCUGUUGAAUGGAGAAGAUGGUUCCAUUCCAGAGACCAUAGAAGAAUGGAAGUUUGUUCUGCAUCUUGCACGGAAGCACAGCACAGCUUCCCACCAGCACAGCCCACAGAACGGGAACGCUGUCAGCAACGGAGGUCCGAGCUGCCCAGACUGCAUCACUGUGGAAAACGUCGCUCUGUUGCUGGCCAAGGCCAUCGGCCCAAAUCGAGCCUUGCCUCUCUUGCAGGAGUGUGGCUUGACACUGGAAUUGUCUGAGAGGUUUACUGGUGUCUGUGAGAUACUGAGAAUCGCUGAGAAAAGGCAGAGAGCGCUGAUUCAGUCCAUGUUGGAAAGGUGUGACCGGUUUUUGUGGUCUCAGCAAGCAUAGAAAACAAGAGAACUCUGGGAACAUUUCAUACUGUAGUGACUGUAUAUUCAAGUGCCUCUUAAAUUUCACAGGCCCUUAAAAUAACAAACUCCUGUCUAAAAGUUCAGUUAUACUGAGCCAGUCUCCAUCUGGCAGGUAUCUGACCUGGAAAUGGUGACAGUUCUUUUCAUUCCUUUGGAGAAGACUUUCGAACUGUAGAAUAUACAUCAAAACAAGCCAGUAUUUGUCUUGAAAUUAAGCUUACAGAUUUCCAAGAUGAAAAUUGCUGAAUUUAUUUUCUGAGUCUAUAACUUAAGUGUUCAGGGAUAUGAGCCCCUAAGUAUUAAAUUAUGGUGUAUAAUUUUUUUUUGCUUUUUUGUUUGCAAACAUAAGAAAUUCCUGGGAAGUAUCUAAGCCUAUACUUGUUUAACUUUCCUGUAAAUGACAUUUGCCUUUACUGUUGCUGUAGAAAGGUCUGUUAUGGUCCCCAUUGGUUUUUUUCCCCUUCUUAAAUUAUAUGGAGAGGCCUUGCCUAUGUGAAAUACAUUAACCAAGUCUUAAAAUGGGAGGGAAAUAUUUUAAGUAGUGGAUUUAUGGCUAAAAAAUGCUGAUUAACAGACAAACUUGUUAAAUGAACUCGCUGUUAAACUACAAACACAGCAUUUCUAAAUUGCCCAUACCUGUUUGUGCAGUGUGACCAUAGACAUCAGUUGUGAUACUCCAGCAAACCUCGGGACAAUGGAUUAGAAUCAGAGUCAUUUAAGUUGCAAAAGACCCUGAAGAUCCAACCGUCCAACCAUUAGCCUAGCACUGCCAAAUCCACCACUGAGUCAUGUCCCAAAGUGCCACAUCUACAUGGCUUCUAAAUGCCUCCAGGGAUGGAGACUCCACCACUUCCCUGGACAGCCUUUUCCAGUACUGGACAACGCUUUUGGUGAAAAAAUGCUUCCUGAUAGCCAAUGAAAAGUUCUCCUGGAGCAACUUGAGGCCAUUUUUUUCUUGUCCUAUCCCUUGUUACUUAGGAAAAAGAAACCCACCCCCACCUGGCUACAGCCUCCUUCCAGGCAGUUGCAGAGAGCGAUGAGGUCUCCCCUGAGCCUCCUUUUCUCCAGGCUGAGCACCCCCAGCUCCCUCACCCGCUCUUCACAGGACUUGUGCCCCAGACCCUCCACCAGCCCCAAAUUCCCUUCUCUGGGCUUGCUCCAGCCCCUCAAUGUCUUUCUUGCAGUGAGGGGCCCAGAACUGGACACAGCACUCGAGAUGUGGCCUCACACAGGGGGACAAUCCCUGCCUGGUCCUGCUGGCCCCACUAUGGCUGAUCCAGGCCAGGAUGCCCUUGGCCUUCUUGGCUACCUGGGCACUGCUGGCUCGUGUUCAGCUGCUGUCAGCAGCACCCCCAGGUUGUUUUCUGCCCAGCAGGGUCCCAGCCCCUCUGUCUCAGCCCGUGGCCCUGUCGGGGCUGUUGUGACCCAAGGACAGGCCCCGGCGCUUGGCCUGGCUGACCCUCGCACAGUCGGCCUCAGCCCAUGGAUCCGGCCUGUCCCGAUCCCUCUGCAGAGCCUUCCUGCCCUCCAGCAGACCGACACUCCCACCCAGCCUGGCGUGUCUGCAGCUGGCUGAGGGUGCCCUCCAUCCCCUCAUGAGAAAGAUUUUGAACAGGACUGGGCCCAGCACUGAGCCCUGGGGACACCACUGGUGACCAUGCCCCAGAUAGAUGGAACUCCCCUUUCCCACCACUCCCUGGGCCUGGCCAUCAGUUUUUUGCUUGGUGAACAGUCCACGUGUCCAAGCCAUGAGUAGCCCAUUUCUCCCGGAGAACAUUGUGGGAAACAGUAUCAAAAGGUUUUCUUGAAGUCCAGGUCAACUUCGGUAAUUCCACAAUUAAUUCUGACAUUUUGGAAAGUGAGAGGACUUAUUUUAAUAAUAUUUUUAAAAGCUGAAGGUUUACAUAAGUAUUUUUAGAUGAAUGCUGUCAAGGAAGAAGUUUUUUUACAUAUCUGGUUGAAUAUGAAGAUUCACAAAAUCACUUGGAUUUUAUAUCUCAUUUACAUAACUAUGCUUUGUACUAGCACUCUUCUGCAUUUAAUACAUCUUUGAACGAGUGUCUUUUUAGGCUUCUCAUUUUGAUCCUCUUCACUGUCUGACUCAUAUUUUAAGCAGAAAGCCACAGCAUCGGAUCAGUAUUCAAUUUUCACAAAUAUCAUUUAAAUAAAAAGUAAUGCAUUAAUUGGAACUAAAUUUAAUUAAAAUUUGAUAAUUUUGUGGUAAAAUGAUGUGAAAAUACUGCUUUAUAAGGAAUGUUUUUAUGUAGACUUACAGCACUUGUAGUGCUGCAAAAUGAUGCUUUAAGCAAAAUAGGAGUGAGUACCAUGUUUGGCCUUUUGAGAGAUGCAGUCUGCAGAUUAUUUCAUCUUGUCAGCAAGAAAAACUUGGGUGUGGUGGGUUGGUUACUUCACAUGGGGAAGGGAGAUUCCAGGGCAACAACAAAUGUCAGGCUUCCAGCCAGAGUGUUGCUUGUGGAAAAUGCAAUACAGAGCUAUUUCUAAAAAAGAAAACUUUAAAGCUUCUGUGGUUUACAUUCUGCCAUUGGAAAUACAAGGAUGUGUGCCAUCAGGAAUACCCUGUGCUCUCACAGUAAGGCUUGGAAAGGGAGCCAGGCACCUACCAGAUGGUGUUGGUGCCUGUUCUGUUCCCUGCCAGAUGAGCUGCUGCUGCCUCAGGGGCUGCUACAGUUACCUACCUCGGCUUCAUGCAGUGUGUGGUGUAGCUGAGUGCUCCCCUUGCCUUCCUCAGAGGAAUUCCUGGAUUUCUGAGAAUUGUGCCUGGCUUACCUCUGUAUGGUUCCACUCUAUUUGCUUGGUGUAUUUUGUGCACACAUCAGUCUCUUUCUUACUUCUGUGGGGGUUUUGUACACUAGGUUGACUUUGACUGAGGAUUGGGGUAUUUUUUUUUUUUUAACAGUAAAUAAAAUUCCAGUUAGAGCUUUUUUUAAAAAACAAAACAUGUCAUAAGGGUCAUACAGAAAACAUAAUGGGAAGUGUGUGUCCAGAUUUUGUGUCUAAAGUGAGCUUGUGUUUAUCAUUUCAACUAACUUGGCUGUAAAUAAACAGUGAGAAUGUACUCUCUGAA